AUGUCUCAAGUCUCAGGAAAGCAAGAUUCCAUCAAAGGCAAGAUUGAGAAGACAUCUUCUGGAGUCAAGGUUAUGGGCUUGAAUGCGCAAUCCUACGCUCAAUCCAAGAAGGCUUUUGCAAGAAAGGAUUCAAGAACUCCUGCCAGCAAGCGCUACAUGUCGAGUACGAGAUCUCAGGGCACUCGUGACUCACCUGUGCUUGAGGAUGUUUCUCAUGAAAUUUCCUCUGCGGAUGAAGAGGCAGAUGUUGAGACUUCUUCUCCUCAAACUGAUGUUGAUGUAUCCAAUGUGCUUGGUAAGGAGAAUUCACCAUCUCUAGAUUCAUCCUCUGAGUCCAAGAACUCAGAACCAGAGAAUGAAGCUCACGAGGAGGUCUCUUAUGAGGAGUCUACCAAAUCUCCUCCAUCUGUUUGUGAAAUUUCAGAUGCUGAUGACUCAGAUGAUGUUCCUCUGGUAAAGAAAACUGCUGCGAAGAAGAAAAUUCCAAGGAUUGAUUUGGAAUCUGAGUCUGAUGUUGAAGUCAAUGUUCAGGACAUUCAAACUUCUGAAAAGAAGAAAUUCUCUGGUAAGCGAAUUCCUUCAGAUGUUCCUUCUUUUCCUAUUGAUAAUGUUUCCUUUCAUGCUGCUGAGAAUGUUCUCAAGUGGAAAUAUGUUUGCAACCGCCGAAUUGCAAAAGAAAGGGAGAUUGGCAAGGAUGUGCUUGAGUGUAAGAUGAUUGUUGCUCUCAUUUACCGGGCUGAAUUCAGGAAAGUUUAUGUGCGAGGAAAAUGUGUAACUUUUUCUCCUGCUGUGAUCAACCAAGCCCUUGGUAGAAGUGCUGUGGAGUUUGUUGAGGAAGCAUUGUCUUUGGACAAGGUUGCCAAGGAACUCACUACUGGACAAGUGAAGAAGUGGCCUGCUAAGAAGCUUUUAUCUACAGGGUUAUUGAGUGUGAAGUAUGCUAUUCUAAACAGGAUAGGAGUGGUGAAUUGGAUCCUUUCUCAUCAUACCUCUGCUGUUUCUGCAAUUUUAGCCAAGCUGAUCUACAAAAUUGGAACUGAGAUUGCUUUUGAUUUUGGCUCUUUAGUGUUUGCUCAAACUUUAAAACAUGCAGAAACCUGUGCUGUAAAGCUGCCCAUUUCUUUUCCUUCACUCUUGACUGCUAUCAUCCUGAAGCAGCAUCCUGAUAUUCUCAGAAUGGAUGAUGUGGCUUUUCCUAAGGGCACCCCCAUCACUUUGGAUCAUCGGUUGUUCCUGGAUCCCCAUGUCCUGGACAUUGAUAUUCCAUCUCGCAGGACAUCAAUUCCUGUUUCAAUGUCUGCUGCUGGAACUCAAAGUGUGGUUGCUGAAUUGGAGGAUCUCUCAAAGGAGCUGCAGGUGUCUAUCAAGGUUGCUACUGAGAGGAAAUUGAAGGUGGAUGCUUUGCUUCUCAAGCUUAAAGAGGAGGCCAGUCAUGAGGAUGUUGCUGAGGAGGAAGGAUCUGAAGAACUUGCAGAGGAGACUUCAUCUUCUGGCAUUUAA